UAUGUGCUGCUGUUGGCUCAGCAAGUCUCUGUGUUCGAAGGAUUACUUCAUAUUGCUCGCAGAGCAGCUCAUCAGCAAACCACGGAUGAAUCAAUUCUGCUUCAGCCGAGUUAAAAGCUCUGCUUUCCCCUCUCAUGGUCAGUCCGAUGUUUGUGAGAACUUUUCCAAGCUGAGAGAAGAUGUGCUUACAGCCCCGCUGGUAUCUGGCGCUGCUUCCUCCAAGUCAAAGCUAAACUGUGGCCUUUCAUUGAACUGAACUUAAAUCAGGCGGGAGAAAAAAUGACAUCAGCAACAUCACCAAUCAUUCUUAAAUGGGACCCUAAAAAUUUGGAAAUCCGAACUCUCACUGUGGAGGGGCUUCUGGAACCCCUGGUGACCCAGGUAACAACCCUGGUAAACACCAGUAGCAAGGGCCCCUCCGGUAAAAAGAAAGGUCGAUCUAAAAAGGCCCAUGUGCUUGCAGCAUCGGUGGAGCAAGCCACCCAGAACUUUCUGGAAAAGGGGGAACAGAUCGCUAAAGAGAGUCAGGAUCUAAAAGAGGAGCUAAUCUCCGCUGUGGAAGAUGUCCGGAAACAAGGAGAGACAAUGCGGAUCACCUCAUCAGAAUUCGCAGAUGAUCCUUGCUCCUCGGUUAAGCGCGGUACCAUGGUACGGGCCGCCCGGGCACUGCUGUCCGCUGUCACCCGGCUACUCAUACUAGCAGACAUGGCUGAUGUUAUGAGGCUUCUUACCCAUUUGAAAAUUGUGGAGGAAGCUCUUGAAGCUGUGAAAUGUGCCACCAAUGAACAAGAUUUGGCUCACCGCUUCAAAGAGUUUGGCAAAGAAAUGGUCAAACUCAACUAUGUGGCUGCAAGGAGGCAACAGGAACUCAAAGACCCCCAUUGUAGGGAUGAGAUGGCAGCUGCUCGAGGAGCUCUGAAGAAGAACGCCACCAUGCUGUACACAGCCUCACAAGCUUUCCUCCGCCACGCGGAUGUGGCAGCCACCAGGGCCAACCGGGACUAUGUAUUCAAACAAGUGCAGGAGGCUAUUGCAGGGAUCUCCAACGCUGCCCAGGCCACCUCGCCCACUGAUGAGAAGCAGGGCCACACAGGCAUUGGGGAGCUGGCCGCUGCCCUCAAUGAGUUUGAUAACAAGAUCAUUCUUGACCCAAUGACCUUCAGUGAGGCCCGCUUCCGCCCGUCUCUAGAAGAGCGGCUGGAGAGUAUCAUCAGUGGGGCGGCUCUGAUGGCAGACUCCUCGUGCACGCGGGACGACAGGAGGGAGAGAAUCGUGGCCGAGUGCAACGCCGUGCGUCAAGCUCUUCAAGACCUCUUGAGCGAGUACAUGAACAAUGUAAGUCAGCUUUGUCUUUUUAGUACAUUGGAUGGCGCAGGGUGACUCAAA